CUUUACUUCUUCUUCCCCUUCUUCUGUAGUGCUAUCGGUGAGCCAAUUUCAACUGUAGCUGCUUCCUUUAAGCUUCUUCACUCUCUCUUCUUUAGAAAUUCUUAUAUUUUCCAAUGGGCCAUCAUUAAUGAAUUGUUAUCACAGUGUUGCAGGAUCCUAAAUUUAUCAAUGAGACAAGAGUUGGAGUUCGAUCUCAACGACAAGUCUUCAGCGGAUCUGAGCCCCAAUACCGUUCUUCUAUCUCCUCAAUAUUCUUUGAAUGUGAAGAAAAUAUACAAAAAAGGAAAAGCUAUUGGGAAAGAUGAGUUUUUGAAACUAAAAGAGGACUUUGCCCAGAUCAAAUUUGCUCAACUCCACAAUUCUUCGUACAACAAACUUCCCUGUAGAUCUCAUGGAUUGGAAAGUAAUGUAGGAGGGAGAGGAGGCUCCAUUCUAAAGAAAAUGGACACCAUGGAGGGAAGGAAAAAGAUAGAAAUUUCAUGUCGGAGUAGUGAUGCCUCUUUUUCAGGUAGCAUUGUUGAUUCUUUAUGUAGCUCAGAUGAUGAACCUUCUGAAAUAUCUCAGAAUUCGAAUGUGGCUUCACCAUCUGUUUCGGCAUCCUGGGCUUCUAUGGAGUGCAACUCUCCAGAAAUAUUUAUUGACUUCAUAAAUCCAGAUGUUUGGGAUAGAAACUCUAGUGCAGUUGAAGGGAUAGAUUCUAUGUAUUCAAAGGUAAGAGGUGAUAAUAAGGUUGCUUGUUCUACAAUUAAUGGUGAUUCUCCUCUUCCCAAAGACACAUUUGAGGCAUUGCACAAAUACCAUAGUGCUAUGGUUGAAGUUGCUGACUUUCCAUCUCCACUACAAAGUGAUUGCUCAUCUAGAGGUAACCCAAAACCGCCAUUCAGCCCUGUCGGUAAAAGGCUGAAUUCAUUUGCGAAGUCAAAAUCUCCGCAAAGUCCAGUCAGCCAUAUGCUAGAAGAUACUAAGGUGAAAUUGCCUGGGACUACUACUUUAACAAGAAACAGGACUUACCAGAAAUCUCUGCUGAAUGACUUCUCCAACGCCGCAAAACAUGCUGACAUUGUUUCUGAGUUUAUCAGAAGAGAUAUUAAGUAUUCCGGUCUAGCAUGUUCACCGGUUCAUCUGCACGGUAAUCUGAGGUUGAAAAUUAAGCAAGGGCUGCCAACUUUUGAGUUUAAGGUGAAAUGCCCUGAAGAUGUCUUUGUAGCAAAGCCUUGGAGAGCAGGUAAUACUUCCAACUGGGUAUAUACCUUCCAUUCUAUCAAUAGUAGAAAGAAAAGCGAUGCCUCGGGUUUGAAGUCCCAUGAUUGUGACAAAUAUCCAUCAAUAGUAGCACAGAUGUUAGUCUCAUGUAAUUUAUGUUCAAAAUUAGAAGGUGGAGUAUUGGACAACUCUAUGGUGACAGAAUUUGUGUUGUAUGAUCUAAUGCACUCAAGAAGAAGUGUUUCAUGUAAAAAGAAGUCUAACACUGAGCAAGAUGCUUCUAAAAUGCUAAAAGCUUGCCGGGUAGGAGCAAAGGGAGAAACUCUCAUAGUAGAUGAGAAGAGUCUGGCUAGUAAAAACAAGCUUCCAACAAGCAAUGUUGAUUUUGAUGAAUCAAAUUCAUGUCCAUUGUCAUCCGCAGAAUUGCAUCCGAACCUUGAAAUUGCUUCUAUUCGUUUGCAAAUUCCAUUGGAUAAGAGAAAAAGCUUGAAAUACAAAAGAGAGGAUAUGAGAGAGGCUAACUCGUUUUCCAAACUAAGUGAUGUCUCUUCAGUUGUAGAGCACUGUAGGAAAAGCUUCCACAACAGGAAAAUGCAGGAACAAGUGAAGGUGGUACUACCAACUGGCAUUCAUGGGUUGCCGAGUGGCGAAAACCUUGGCCCCUCAUCAUUACUUGAUCGAUGGAAACAUGGUGGAGGUUGCGACUGUGGUGGCUGGGACAUGGCCUGUCCCCUUAUUCUUUUAGGCAAUCCUAGUAUUCAUUUUGCUGAAGACCAGCCCCUCAUAAAGGAUUAUCAACCACUGCAACUUUUUCUUCAGGGAGCCAAGGAAAAUACUCCUACCUUUAGCAUGAGCAGAGUUGAAGAGGGUGAAUAUGCAGUUGAUUUCCAUGCCCGGUUAUCCCCGUUACAAGCCUUCUCCGUUUGUGUCGCCAUUUUGCAUGGCACUUCCACUUGUAGCCUUGCACGGAGGGAGAAAAACCAGCCAUUAUCUCAAUGUAAUUCACUGGAAAUGCUUAUGAGGGAGGAAGCAGAGCUUUUUAUGCAAUCAAAGGAGAAGAACAAGACCAUGUCCAAGACUCACAAGGGGAUUCCUCUACCUUAUGUAACGAUGCCACCCUUUUCUCCUGUUGCACGAGUAUAACAGAAAUGGGAGCUACAGAUUCUACAUUUCUUCUUCUAAAGUAUAGAGAGAUUUAGAGACAGAACAGAAUGCACUGCUCCAUGGGAGAAAUUGAAUUAUUCUUUGUAGUAACUUAGUUUUAUUUAUUCUAUAGUCUGUAAAAUGUAAAUGGAAUAGAGUUAUAAAUAGUUA